AAGGAAAAUGGCGCUAGAUCUCGGGGCCCGGUCGACUGAUCUUUUUAAUAAUUCGAUGGAAAUUCCAGAAAUAUCAUGGCCAUAACCGUUUUGCAGUAUCGGUGACUUGAGAUGUAUAGAGCAGACAAUUUGCAGCAGUUGGCUUUUGUGCAAAUUAAGGUGCCCCAGAACUAACUACAUCUGAUGAAAAAGAUGUGAUAAUGACUAGAUUACCAACUUGGGGGGAUAGGUUUGUAUUAGGUACUGUGGUAUACACUGUGUUGUUUAAUAAGACACUAAAAUGAGUGGACAUUCAGAUACAAAUUUGAAUAUGUCCAAGUCUAGCAGUACUAGUGCUAACAGCAAUGUUGAAGGCCAGUAUGACCAGGGUUUGAAAGAACCACUGCCAUCAUUAUCCCCAUCAUUGGAACAAUCGAGUCAGGAUACAAUGUCCGCAACUCCUGAGGAUAGCAACAUGUUCACUUCACCAUCUGAGAGGAAUGAGGAUGAGAGUUUAGCUUUUAUUAAUGAGCAGUUAAGUUUCUUGAAUUCAGCCAGUGGAGAACUUGCAACAGACAUUCACAGAUCUAACAAACAGGUCAGACAAGAAAUUGCCAAAAAAAGUCGGGAUGCAGGAAUGAGAAGAAGGGAGCUGUAUAAAUCUCCAGCCAAACGUUUUGCCCAAAAUCAGGGGCGAGGGGUUAAAAGGAGUCCAGGAAAGCUGACACAUAAUCGACCCAAAGUAGCAAGAAAGAGCCUGGAUGUCCCAAGUAUAUCAGACCAGGCAAACAUGUUGAAUGAUGAGGAUGAUGCUAAUGAUGGGGGUGAAAGUUCAGAUGAUGAUAAUUGUUGGACGAUCUUGGAGGAGUCUGAAACAGAAGCACCAAUAAAUGAAGCCCUAGAAGAAAAUGUGCUCCGAAGUAAUCUCACUGCGUCUAAUGUUAAAAAACUUCUGCAUCAAGUCAUCACCAAUGAACAUGUGGUUGCCAUGGUAAAGAACACCCUGCGUGCAGAAAACGAGAAGUUUGAAGCUCACUAUGAACCCAAGAUGACAAGGUCAAAGGUCAAGCAUAUCAUUCAAGAAGAGGGAGAU